AUGAGACCAGUUGUAAACCAACUGCGCAAGAAAGGGUUAUUGUCAGUAAUAUACCUCGAUGAUGUCCUGCUCCUUGCCUCCUCUAGACAGGCAUGCGCAAAUAAUGUAAGAGCGUCAAUUGAAUUAUUAGAAUACUUAGGUUUUGUCAUAAACUACAAUAAAAGUGACCUCGAACCGAGUCAGAGAGUCGACUUCUUAGACAACGUGGAGGCGGAUCGCGAAUCCCGAGUAAAGAAUAUAGAUACGGAAUGGGAGUUAGCGGACUACGCAUUCCGUCGAGCGGCGGAAAGGUUCGGACACCCGGAAAUCGACCUAUUUGCCACACGGAACAACACAAAGUGCAAAAAAUUCCUAGCCUGGAGAAAUGAUCCAGAAGCACUGGCAAUCGACGCGUUUACAGUGAACUGGCAUUCACAGGGGCUAUUUUGGGCGUUCCCGCCGUUUGCCCUUAUACUAAAAGUCCUCAAAAAGACUAUAGUGGACCAGGCCACCGGGAUUGUCCAUACAGCAUCCGCUAGCAGGGAAGCUGUCCCUGAUGGCAGGAAAAUUAUCCGGGAAUCAUUCCGAAGAAAAGGGCUGCCCAGCACGUCUCUCGAUAUCCUCGAAGCGUCAUUAGCCGAAUCAACACAUAAGCAGUACGCGGGACCCCUAAAGCAAUGGUGGUCAUUCUGUGCUGACCAAGGACUGGACCCGUACCAGCCAAGAGAAACGGACGUAAUCCAAUUCCUGACGAAAAAAUUUGAGGAGGGAGCGGCAUACGGAUCUCUCAACUCAAUGAGAGCAGCGAUCUCUCUGAUUAGCGAGAACAACAUCGGCAAAAGCAGAAAUAUCUCUAGACUCUUUAAAGGGAUAUUUAUGCUGAGACCGACAAAGCCCAAAUAUGAUCGAAUUUGGGACGUGAACAUAGCUCUACGAAAAAUCGAAGAAUGGUACCCCCUGGAGGAACUGACCCUUGAGUGCCUGACUCAGCGUCUCGUGUUACUACUUGCAUUGGGCACUGCGCAUAGAGCGCAAACUUUAGCAUCGAUAAAAAUAUCGAAUAUCAAGUGUGACACACAAGGUUACGAAAUAGAGAUACCGGACAGAAUUAAAACUUCACGCCCAGGCUCAUACCAACCCCUACUAGUCUUGCCAGUCUAUCGGGAAAAUCCCAAAUUGUGCAUCGCGUCAACAAUUGACGCCUACAUUAAGGAAACAGCCCAGUUGAGAGGUAACAUAGAUGAUUUGUUUGUGACAAUCAAAAAGCCAAUUAGAGCGGCAUCCACAGCGACGAUAAGCAGAUGGAUCAAGGCAGCGAUGUCUCGCUGCGGUAUAGACGAAAAAUUCACAGCGCAUUCCACAAGACAUGCAGCGACUUCGACCGCACUAAGAAAAGGAGUAGACCUGGAAACUAUUCGAAAAACAGCCGGCUGGUCGGAAAACUCACAGGUUUUCGCGAAACAUUAUAAUAAAACUAUUGCACCAUCCAAAGAAUCCUUUGUAAAAGCGAUUAUGCAUAGCUAA